AUGACAUUUGAUGAAACAUCACCAAUUCAUUACAAUGAAUUGAUAAAUACUUAUAAAAAUUAUUGUAAUGCAUUCGAUUCAUUAUAUCAGCUCAAUACAAAAGAUGAAAACCAAUUAGCUACAAUUUAUAAAAAUCUCAAAGUUCAUCUCAUAGAUUCAAACAAAUAUCCUCCAGAUCUUAUUAUAUCAGAUAUAUCAUUCAUUUCAAUUUAUAAAAAACGGUUCAUGAAGUCAUUUUUGGCAAUUGCUAAACAAAUUUUUGAUGAAUAUCGCCCAAAUAAGAUUGUCAACAUUCACUAUGUUUUUGAUUAUCUCUUUUAUAAAGAAUAUGGAAUAGUUCUUCAAGAAACUAACAAAAGAAAAUUCAAGGAAUGCGAAACUAAAAAUUAUUCAUCAGACAUUCAUGAAGCAAAUACAAUAUACAAGGCAAUUAUGGAUAAUGACAAAGAAUUAUUCAUCUCAAGUAUCGAAAGAUGUGAAUUUGAUAAAAAUAAAAAACUAAAGAACGAUUUAUAUCCAUCUAAUGAAGAUGGUUAUUCAUAUAUUGAAUUGUGCUGUUAUUAUGGAUCUGUUGAUUGUUUUAAAUUCUUAAUCACAAAAUUCCACUCAAAAAUAACACAAAAAUGCCUUCAUUUCUCAUUUUUAGGCGGAAAUCAAGAGAUCUUAAGCGAGUGCUUAAAAUAUCAACAGCCAUCUCAAGAAUGUAAGAGAUAUGCAAUUGCUUCUCAUAACAUUGAUUUUGUUUCAUUUUUGAUCAAUGAAUACAAUAUUAAAAUCAAUUUAGAUUAUUGCAGGAUGUAUAAUAAUCUUCAGGCAUUUUUGAUAUAUUUAGAUCAAACUAAUAAUAUUAAUACAUGCUUUGUUUAUUCACCUACUUUUCAUCUUCUAUCCCUUUGGAAAUAUUUUAUUUCUCUUGGUGCUAAAAUUAAUGCAAAAGAUUACAAAGAUUGCACUCCACUUCAUUUUGCAGUGUUAUCUAACAGUAAAGAAAUCGUCGAAUUUCUUAUUUCGCAUGGUGCUAACAUCAAUGCUAAAAAUGAACAAAGAGAUACUCCACUCCAUUAUGCGGCCUUAUUGGACUGCAAAGAAAUAGCAGAAGUUCUUAUUUUGCAUGGUGCUGAUAUCGAUGCAAAAAAUCUUUUUGGUAAAACUCCCCUUCAUGUUGCAGCUGAAAAUAACAGUAAAGAAAUAGCAAAAGUUCUUAUAGCGCAUGGUGCAAAUGUCAAUGCUCAAAAAUUAAUGGGAGAAGUCCCACUUCAUCUAGCAGCUAAAAAUAACAGUAAAGAAGUAGUAGAGGUCCUUAUAUCGCUUGGUGCAAAUAUUGAUUUUAGUAAUGCAAUAAUAGGAACUCCGCUACAUCUUGCAGCUAAAAAUAACAGUAAAGUAGUGGUAGAGGUUCUUAUAUUGCAUGGUGCAAAUAUCAAUUUUAGAAAUGCAACAAUUGGAACUCCACUUCAUGUUGCAGUUGAAGACAACAAUAAAGAAAUGGUUGAAUUUUUAAUUUCACAUGGUGCAGAUAUCAAUGCAAAAAAUGAAUAUAUGAGAACUCCACUUCAAGUUGCAUCUCAAAAGAACAAUAAUGAAAUAGUAGAAGUUCUUAUUUAUCAUGGUGCUAAGCUAUAA